CGUUCCGCGUAAUGCUGCAUUUUCUUCGCCAUCUCUUGCCCAUUUGUCGUCUACAUUUUACUCACGGUCCCCUUACAUUUUCGUAGUGUUUCAUUUCGCCAUUGCAGAGCCUCACAGAGUCGGAACCUUCGUCCCUGGGCACGACGAGGGAGUGCGGGUUGCUCGGUCUUUGGAAAUUUUCGUUUGUGGAUCUGCAGCGUUGCAGUUGAGGAGCGAGGUGGACUGGACUGCGAGUCGAUGCUGGGAAGCUCUUGCGCUGUGGGUUUAUUUUUCUGAGGUACGUUGCAUGCGGCAAAGAUGGGUAUUACUGUGGCUGUGAAAGUGGAUCACUUCCCGAUCGUGAGCUCCUUAGUUACUGCCUCAACGACGGAUAAAUCACGCACCGUACUUGUGCCCAACUUGGAUUUUCAUGGGACUGUAAGGGACACAUUGGUCACAUUUCUUCAGAAAAAUCUCUUCAUCUCGGAGGAGUGCCAGCUACUUUCAGCUCCUCUGUUCACCCGAUUGAGUGAUAAAGACAACGUUGAAGACAUCUACAAGAGAUAUUCCUGCCAGGCUGACCAGGAAAUUUCCGAGAUUCACCUAGAUGAGGAUACAUUCAUGAUGUAUGGUCGCGAAGGUGGACGAUUUGUAGAUCUUGUUGGUGAAAAACGGGUCGAAGACUAUCACAUUCUUGACAGGAGCACCCUUCAUCUCAGAAGGCUUCCUCGUCCACUGUCUGAAGACGGCGGACGAGUAUUCGUCGAGUGUAAAGACGGUAUCAUACCGUUGCUGGGGGUAACACCUCUUACUCCUAUUUCCGGCAUCAAGCAUCAUCUGGAAGGAUUGACUGGCGUACCCAUCUCUCAGCAGCUACUAUCAUCCGUGGGACGCGUCAUGCAUGAUGAAUUUCUCGUAAGAGACUUUGACGUGCUGCACAAGGUGUACGAGGAUUCCGUGAUUGAUCUCUGUAAAUCAGAGGAUAAAAACGCCGAGCAAGUGCACAAACGCAUGGUGGUACACGUCAACGUUGUCGGUGAGGAAGAAUUUUCCAUCGUCGUUCAAGGACGGGACACUGUGCUGUCCGUUCUCAGAUGUGUGGAGUCUCGCAUCGGCAUUGCACCGUCGCAGUUGAAGAUCAGUUACUCAGGGAAACUUCUCCAGGAAAAGAAAACGCUCGGAAGCUAUCUUAUUCAACCAGAUAGUGUGUUGACUGUCACCUUGUCAAAGUGUCUAACCGAGAAUUCCAGAAAGCCGACAGUGGAGGAUAUAGGAGCCCUCCCCAAGGAAUUUCCGGGGCAGAAACCAAAUGCUACAAAGUUAAAACUGAUGCGGACAAGCAGAGGACACGUCAAGGGUACUCUGACUAUCCCAGUGAUUUCCUCUGACACAGUUGCUGACCUAAAAAGGAAGCUCAAGCGAACUCUUGCGCCUUUGGUGGAACGAGAUCCUUCUCCUGCUCCUACCGAGAAGCAACAGCCAUUCGGAGAUACCAUGGUGAGAACACCAGGGAAAAGUCCGAUGAGAACUCCACCCUCCAGUCACUAUGAACGCUAUGGCCAUGGGUCCAAUCUUAGGGGUACCCCCGAAGGUCGCAGACCUACUUCAGAAACUAAGCCAGCGGGUGUUAGGUCCCUGUCGUUCUCUAAGAUGCUAGAUCCUAAACCUAAUCCUCAUACCCCUCAGCAAUCCCCUAUGAAGUCUCCUCUUUCAGCAAGCGGUCCCAGAAGCGGUCCUUUGCCACCCAAGAUACCUCUUGAAGAUCACUCAGUGAGUACCACUGCACCUUCCUCGGCGAAGAAGAUUACAUUCAGCAAAGACGACGAUGAAGAUAUUCCGUCGGCGAAGCUAACUGCCAACGACCUUCACGGGUCUUCCUGUCGAGAUUUGAUGCCCGAGCUCCUGAGUCUACCUGACCUGGACCCGAAAGAUCAGUCACCCAUCAAAGUGGUCGUAGAGAAGAAGCCCACAUGGCAGUCCCGAUACGCCGAUGAGAAUGCCCCUAACUCUGGAGGCAGGUUUGGAAACGUCCAGAGCAAAAUCGACAACAAGCUGGGUGCGAUUAAGAACAUCGACAAAAAGGCAGUCAAGAACUGGUUCAACACCAACAUGGAGUCAUUUAAAGUGCAUAUGAAAAAUCUUGCUGAUGGUUAACAGUUCCGACCCAUUGCAUUUACCUACCCUUAGAUUACUUUCUCUCUUCCGGAGCUGGUAAGCUUCAUAUUGUGAGUGUCAUCUGCACUUCGCAAGCGUUUGCAGACGAUGCACACAGUUGCUCACCAGCUCAUCUCAGUAUAUCCAAGGACAAGUAUCAACCUCACGUUGGAGCUUCUCAUUCAAGCCACAUUAAUAGAUACUUCUCGUAUCAGUGGUACGCAAGUCUGGAUAAUAAUCACAAUUCCCAGUAAUGAUAGGAUGCAUGCUAACUUCAAUGACAUUGAAGUUGUGUCAAAAUUACAUCGCCAUAUUUAAAUUCUAUGUAAAUUACAUUUUUUUGAGUUGAGAUUUUUUGAAAUGUC